AUGCAAGGGGUAGUUCGUUUUGGUGCUUGUGGGAAGUUGAAUCCAUGUUUCAUUGGUCCUUAUGAUGUGCGCUAUGUUUUGACGGACUCUCACAUUUUGAACCUCGUGUCUCUAGAACUUGACAAGAUACUUUUAUAUGAAGAGAGACCGAUCCAAAUUCUUGAUUCGAAGGUCCUUAGUACUUGUAAAAAAUACAUUAUGAUGGUAAAAAUCCUAUGUCACUCUAAUCAUAAAACGAAAGAGGCGACUUGGGACAUCGAGGAUUCCAUGCGUGAGAAGUAUCGCUAUUUACUUUCCCAGGAAGUCGAUUCUCAUAAGUGGUGUGUGACCUUGGUUUAUGAUUUUUACAUGAUUUUUUAA